ACAAUUACGAAGUGAAUUCAUUAAACAGCUGCAGUAUAGAACGGUUGCAAAUCAAGGAAGUUCUAAAAUUUGAAAUUAGGCAGUUAAGCCGACAACAUUCUUAGGCUCCCAUAAAUAAUUUGCGUUUUCUUUGUAAAAUUAUACACCGUGGUAGCAGCGCUCGUAAGCCUCUGGCCCACAGUUUAUAACCCCUUGGGACUUUUUGCUACUCUAUGGUUACUGCACCGUACCAGAAGCGGUGGCGGAGGAUAAGUUGACCUUUCCACACUGCCAUUUCAAAAAACGAUCUCUGAUGACCUUUAAAGGACAAAAAAUGCAGGGAAUAGUUUUGCAACGCAGAACAAUGCCAAGUAAAGUCUCGUGGGAAUACCAACAGCAAUGCAGAUCUCUUUCUGCGUGUCCGUAUGCCACUGAUUCAUUGGAAUAUCAAGCAAGACUUAUACUAGAUCGAGUGGAAACCACACAAUUUAAUUUUGGAAACCUCUGUAGGAUCUAUGCGUCCUAUUCGCGGAGAAUCGGUGAAAUUAGGGAUGGCGGCGACGAGCUUUCCCGUGCCUUCUCCCAGUUUACUGAAGUCCAGUCAUGCUGCUGCCCACAAACUAAAAAAGCCAUAACGGAAUUCGCACAUGCGCUGGCCACUGUACAAGAUUACGAGCAAGCUAGGAUCAGUCGGAUUGAAGCAAAGGUCAUAUCUGGGUUCGCAAAAUAUGGAUUUCUUUGUCAUACAAUCAAGGAUGAAGUGCAAAAGGGCCUGCAUAUUCGAGAGCGGGAGCAACGACAAACUGAGCAGUAUCUGCGACUUCAGUCGGACAUCUCCCUCAGCGAGCCGAGGCGACAACAGAAACUGGAAAGCGCUAAUAUGGCAGCGAAUGAUAGCAAACGGGCACAAGAACUGCUGCAGCGACGUUCGGAUAAAUUUGAACAACAAAAGCUAGAAGAUAUGCGCCGGGUAUUGCUCAACUUUUGUGAGAUUGAGAUUGCUUAUCAUGCCAGAGUGAUAGAGUUGUACAGCCAUGCGUACAAUGAACUGUUGGAUGUCGAUAUCGACAUGGAUCUAGACACUUUCCGCAUGGAGCUGCAAAUCGGUCCAAAUUACAUGACAGCUUGCGAAACCAUUGACGAACUGAAGGCAAACUUCCAGAAAGAAGGCAUUGCCGAUGGAAUCCCAGUAAGCUCUACCCAUAGCAUGAAGAAGCCAGAAGACGAAAUAUUCUCGGAUUCAAAUAUUUCGGCUGAGCCGCUUGACGGAGACGAUAUUGUGAAAUGUAUCCGCGGGAAGGAGAACCAAACUGCUAGAUGUGUAGCAUUUUUCGGCGAACCCGAGGAAGAGUUUUCCGACGGACCGAGUAAUAUGGCUUUGGUUGGCAGCAAUUUCGAAGAACGUCAGGUUUCUUCACGGACAUCUGUCCAUCCCGGCUCAGGUUCAACUUUGCUGCACUCAAAACUAAGCUCUUCACAGUCGCUAUUGGAACAACUGGCGACCAAAGAUAGCCACAGGUCAUACAAGAGUAUGCGUAAGAAGGUAUCCAGCAGAAGCUUACCGUCGAGUGGGCGUAAACCAGAAGAUCGCAGGGACAUCGCUACUGGCAUGAGCAAAACCGAGAAGUUACUGCAACAAAUUUCAACGAGAAAUUUGGCGCAGCUGCAUCCGAGUUCGGCUGCUUCUUUGAGAAAACAGCCAUCCAGACCGCAGCUUCAGCAGCAGCAGAGUUCAUCUCAAUGGUAUCCGUCGGAAGUGUCCAAUGGGCCGCGAACCAACCUCAGUAAAACCAAGAGCGACAUGAGCAGCACUUAUAAAAUUGCGCCUAAUACUACAGCCUCGGUGACGACUUCGAAGAUCGCGGAUGCAACACCGAGUAGACCGACUGACGUGCGAGAAAUUGCAAAUAUCCGGAAGGAAGAUGAUAACGAGCAAGAUCUUAAGGCAAACAGCGAUGACGGGACGUCGACUGCGCCACAAGUGAACGUCUCAGUAAACCGUAAUGAUAAACCGCUGGUUUCUGAUCUAGCACAUCGUCUGUCUGUUAAGUCGAGCAAGCAGUUAUCGGAAGUGGUCACGGAUAAAUCUGCAUAGACUGCAAAAUGCAAGACUUAGGGUUAGUAACCGUUUAUUUUUUGCAUUUGACUUUGUCAUCCUGUUUCCGUCAGUGCUGCAGUUAAUGCUUGAACAUCAAACUUAGUUUACAUUCAAGCAUUUGGAGUAAACAUCUACAAGAGAUUGAUAGAAUUAAAAAGUAGAA